GGCGGCGGGCCGGGGGUCUGGGCGCCGCGGCGCAUGUGCGGGCGGGGAGCCGCGCGCCCCGCGGCUGCGUCCCGACUUCCUCCUGGCCUGUUCGCCGGCUGCGGGGCCGCGCACGGGCGCCGCUCGCGGGGCCGCCGGGCCGCGCACCUGCCCCGCGCACUUGCCGCGCCCGCCCGGCCCUGCCCCGUGCCCGCUGCGCGCCGCAGCCGGGGCCGGGCGCAGCGCUGCGGAGGCCAGGGCCGCCCGGGGCCGGGCUGGGCCGGGCGCGGCGCGGCGAUGAUGAACAGGUUCCGAAAGUGGCUGUACAGACCCAAGAGGUCCGACCCGCAGCUGCUCGCCCAGUUCUACUAUGCUGAUGAGGAACUGACCCAGGUGGCCGCGGAGCUGGACAGCCUGGACGGGCGGAAGGACCCGCAGCGCUGCACUCUGCUUGUCAGCCAGUUCCGCUCCUGCCAGGACAACGUGCUGACCAUCAUCAACCAGAUCAUGGACGUCUGCAUCCCGCAGGAGCGCGCCCCCAGGGACUUCUGCGUCAAGUUCCCUGAGGAGGUCCGGCACGACAGCCUGGCCGGCCAGCUGUGGUUUGGGGCCGAGUGCCUGGCCGCCGGCUCCAUCAUCAUGAACCGGGAGCUGGAGAGCUUGGCCAUGCGGCCCCUGGCCAAGGAGCUGACACGCAGCCUGGAGGACGUGCGCGGCGCGCUGCGGGACCAGGCGCUGCGGGACCUGGGCACCUACACCGAGAAGAUGCGUGAGGCCUUGCGCCACUUUGACGUACUCUUUGCUGAAUUUGAGCUCAGCUAUGUCUCAGCCAUGGUGCCCGUCAAGUCCCCGCGGGAGUACUAUGCGCAGCAGGAAGUCAUCGUGCUCUUCUGUGAGACGGUGGAGAGGGCUCUGGACUGCGGCUACCUCACCCAGGACAUGAUCGACGACUAUGAGCCGGCACUCAUGUUCACCAUCCCCCGGCUGGCCAUUGUGUGUGGCCUCGUGGUCUACGCAGACGGGCCCUUGAACCUGGACCGCAAAGCAGAGGACAUGUCCGAGCUGUUCCGUCCCUUCCACACCCUGCUCCGGAAAAUAAGGGACCUGCUGCAGACGCUGACCGAGGAGGAGCUGCGCACGCUGGAGCGGAGCCUGUGCAUCUCCCAGGACGCUGACGCGCCCGCCGCCCCUGCCCUCACGCCCACCUUCCCCGCCCCGCUGCCGCCCGAGGAGCUGCUCUCAACCCAGGCCCGCGAGGUGGACACGGAGCUGGCCUGCUCCAUGCAGUACGACGACCAGGAGCUGGAGCAGCUCAGCCGCAUGGUGUGCCGGGCCGGCGACGAGAUGUCCUCCCUGCUGUCCCCACCGAGCACCGGCCAGUCCCCCGCGCGCCAGCCGCGGCCCCACGGCAGCCCCCGCAGCCAGGCGUCCCCCGGGCCUGCGCAGCCCGCGGGCGGCGGCCCGGACGAGGAGGGCAGGGUGUUCUUCAUGGACGACGUGGAGGGGCCGGCGGAUGCUGUCCCGUCCGGGAACGCCGCGGCAGGCCCCGCGGCAGAGCCGGGGGACGCGAGCGACAACAACAACGUCGGGGACGACAAGUGGCGGGCGGCGGGCCUGCUGGGCAGCGGCUCCUGCAGCUGCCUGGACGUGUCCGCGGCCCCUGACGCCGGCGCCGCCGAGAGGAUCGCCCACCGGACGGGGGGCAUGAAGCUCUCGGCCACCGUCAUCUUCAACCCCAAGUCGCCCUCGGCCCUGGACGCGGCGUUGCCUGACCCGGACGCAGCGGGCACGGCCGACCCCGGGGGGCCGGCGGGGGGCCCCGAGGCCGGUGCCCGCGCGCUGAGCGCCGCCGUGGCCACCCACUGCUUGCUCCAGUCCUGCGUGUGCUGCGGGGGUUGCGGCGGCUGCGAGGACACGGCUGAGCGCCUGCGGGACUUGGGAGGCCCCGGCUCCGCGGGCGCUGCCAAGGGCUUGUCCCGGCCCACGCCGCCUUCGGAAGACGCCCCGGACGCCUCCAGCCCCGCGCCGGGCACGGAGGAGCAGUGCGGAGCCGGGGGUGGGCCCGAGCGGCCCACGGAGGCCCAGGCGCCCGGGGAGCGGCCUCCGAGCGGGCCCGGGCCCAGUGCUGCCACAGACAAGGCAGGCCUUGAGGUGGCUCCUGUGGCCACAAGAGAGAAGAUCCGGUCACGGUUCCACAGCAGCCACGACCUCAUCCACCGCCUGUUUGUCUGCAUCUCAGGCGUGGCCGACCAGCUGCAGACCAACUAUGCCAGUGACCUAAGGAGUAUCCUCAAGACCCUCUUUGAGGUCAUGGCCACCAAGCCGGAAGCAGAUGACAAAGACAAGCUAAAGAAAGUCACGCAGAGCCUGUGCAGCGCCACACUGGAGGACUGUGCCCUGUGCCAGGAGACCUCAUCAUCCUCGGAGCUGGCAGCCAAGACCCGAGAAGGGGGCCUGGAAGAGCCGCCCGAGUGGGUCCCCGACGAAGUCUGCGGCUUCUGCACGGCCUGCAAAGCGCCUUUCACGGUCAUCCGCAGGAAGCACCACUGCCGCAGCUGUGGGAAGAUCUUCUGCUCGCGCUGCUCCCCGCACUCGGCGCCGCUGCCGCGUUACGGGCAGGUGCGGCCGGUGCGCGUGUGCACUCACUGCUACGUGUUCCACGUCACGCCCUUCUACCGCGAGCGCGCGGCGCUGUGAGCGGAGACGCGUCGGGAGAUGAGCUUUAUUUUCUAAACGCUGUGACGGACACAUAAAUCUAUUUACGGACCCA